AUGCGUCGCUCCACGAGAGUUCAUCCUUUGCAACCGAACGAUCGUCAAAAUCAACUGGACUCCUAUCCUGAAAAGUCUACGUACUGUGUGAAAUACUUCAUGUUUUUCAUGAAUGUUUUGUUUUGGGUUCUGAGUUGUUUAAUCUUGGCCAUUGCGGUGUAUGCCAUGCUUGAAAAACAAGAAAUUUAUGGCCAGAUAAGUCGCCUAGCUACAGAUCCUGCAGCGCUUUUGUUGGCGAUUGGUCUUAUAAUAUUUGUCAUCAGCUUCGCUGGUUGUUUGGGCGCUCUGAGAGAGAACAAAUGCCUCCUAAAAUUUUAUUCCGGUCUGCUGGCAUUGAUGUUGUUGUUGGAGAUUGCAGCUGCUAUACUUGGGUAUGUUUACUCCGGGAAAGUCAAGAAUGAAAUGCAUAAUGCCUUUACCAUGAUGAUCGACAAUUAUUUAGACGAUCCGGAUCUCCAGUUAGUCAUUGACUCUGUUCAAAAAGAACUCAAGUGUUGCGGUUCUGAGAAGUAUACAGACUGGGAGAGAAAUAUUUAUUACAACUGCUCCUCUCCAGCUGUCGAGAGUUGUGGCGUUCCCUAUUCGUGUUGCAUAGCUGACGAGGUGAAUUCGCAGUGCGGGUUUGGUGCUUUGCGUUUGAAAGACAGCGCGGCCGUAAACGUUAUCUACACACAAGGUUGCUUAAAAGGCGUUGAAGAUUGGUUUCGCAGUAAUUUGGUCCUAAUGGCAUCCAUUGCAGCCUGUUUACCAGUGCUACAGCUCGUUGGAUUCUGUUUAUCUAGACGGCUGACUAAUGAUAUAAAUGACAUCUUGGCAAUGCAGGGCAGAUUAAGCUAA